AUGGGCAUGGGCAGUAUGGGAGGCAUGGGUGGCUUUGGUGUACCUCGUCGUCGCUUCCAUGGCGGUGGAAUGGAAAUGAGUGGGAUGGGGAUGGGCGGUGGAUUUGGACACGGCGGAAGGAUGAAUGGUCCUCCCGGCGGUGGAUAUGGGCGGUAUGGCGGAGGUUAUGGCGGAGGCUAUGGGGGAGGCUACAGAGGAAGAUACGGAGAAGGCUAUGGCGGAGGAUUCGGGGGCCGCCGUGGCCGGUGUUAG